UGCGGAGUAACCACGUAGGAGCUUCAAAAUGGCGGAACAACAACCAGUCGGUCUUGCAGGUCGUGCUGUCCUUUCGAAAUAUGAAGGUUCUUACAGAAAGCUAGUUUUCAUCUGCAUGUGUGCUUUGGUCGGCGCUUUUAACUUUGGAAUAUCUAUUGGUUACAGCUCUCCCUCAAUCCCUAGUAUGAUAAAAAGAGGAGUAUUAAAAAAAGACGAAAGCAGUUGGUUUGGCUCUUUACUUACUAUUGGAGCACUUUUUGGAGGGCCCUUAGGAGGAUGGUUAAUUGAAAAAAUUGGUCGUAAGCUCUCUCUCACAUUUUUAUCCAUACCAUUUGCUGCUGGAUUCUUUAUAAUAGCUUCUGCAUCUGAGAGUUACCAAUGCUAUUUUGGACGAUUUCUGACAGGGAUUGGGAGUGGCAUGGUGACAGUUUGUGUUCCUAUUUAUGUUGCAGAAAUUUCAACUACUUCAAUGAGAGGCAUACUGGGCUCAUGUGUUCAGCUCUUUAUCACUAUUGGUAUUGCUGCAGCUUAUAUUCUUGGCAUGUUUUUUGAGUGGCGCUGGUUGGCAAAUUUAUGCAUAGUACCAUCUGUUCUUGGAGGAAUACUUACUUUUAUGAUUCCAGAAACCCCUAGAUGGUUACUUAUGAAAAAUCGAAAAGCGGAUGCAAUAAUUUCUCUUCAGUUACUAAGAGACGCUCAUACAAAUGUCCAGGAAGAGUGCCGUGAAAUGGAAGCAGGAUCUGAUCCUGAACAACGUGUGUCUUUCUUUGAAAUUUUAAAGAAGCGUGAACUCUCCUUGCCAUUGUUCAUAGGUGUGUGUAUCAUGAUCUUUCAACAGCUAUCUGGAAUCAAUGCAGUGAUGUUUUUCACUGUUUCGAUCUUUGAGUCUGCAGUAGGAGAAUUUGCAUACAAGGCCACAGUCAUCAUUGGUAUUGUGCAAAUAUUGGGAACCCUUGCAGCUGUUUAUCUUAUGGACAAAGCUGGGAGACGUAAACUUCUGCAAAUUGGGGGCCUCAUUAUGGCUGUUACAUUAUUUUGCUUUGGGUUGUAUUAUAAAUUAUCUGCUACUGGGAUGCUGAGUGCAUUUAUGAAAACCUGGUUUCCUGUUUUUUGUCUAACACUCUAUAUUAUUGGCUUCUCACUGGGUUGGGGUCCCAUACCUAUGCUAAUCAUGUCAGAGAUUACUCCUUCUCGCUGUAAGGGGGUUGCAGGUUCAGCUGCAAUUAUUGCAUCCUGGGGCUCAGCAUUUAUUGUGACCAGCCAGUUCUCAAAUAUGCAAGAUUUACUGGGUAGUGCUGGUGUUUUUUAUCUGUUUAGUGCUUGUUGUGUUUUGAGUAUUUGGUUUGUAGCCAAAUAUGUUCCAGAGACUAAAGGAAGGUCAUUGGAGGAAAUUGAAUUGUCUUUUGCUGGAAAGAGUAGUAUCUUUGUUUAAAUUUGUAUGAUCAUUUGUGUAAAUUUCUAAAUUUAAAUAAAAUGUUAUUGACAUUCUUAACAUUAAGAGGAUUUUUAAAUAUAAGGUGCUUUAUUGACAUAUUCAACGACUUGCCAUGAUUUAUCUAUGUUCAUACAUUACCACACAAAAAGAAAUAACUUUUUUUCUCAGCAUAUUUUUAGCUCCUCUGACAUCAUAAUCAUAGCUUCCUAAGACAAAAAAAAAAUAAUACAUGUUUUUUAAAAAAGAAAGGCUGUUUCACUGUACAUUUGCUUAACACAUUUAUGUGAGGUCAAUCAUAAUGGAUUAAAUUAAUGUAAUUUUACUAUAUGCUACUUAUCAUUAAUGGGAAAUAACAAACCCUUAGAAUAUUAAGAUGCCAUAAAAUACCAUGUGUAGAGGAAAUAUGAAAAUAUAAAAAAAUAAAGAAAAAAGAAACUUACUGGGAAAAUAUUUUUCUUUUGAAAUUUUAUAUAUUUUUCAAUUUAUCUAAAACACAAUAUAGCUGAAAGUUUUUUAGUAUACCAGUAUAGUUAAAUUUUUGUUGAAAUUUAAUUAAUUGGGAUAUAUGAUCAUUUUGCUAAGAAAAUUACUCCUGUAAUCAGUGCUCUUAAUAAUAUAGAAACAAUGCUUACAAACUUAAAAAAAUGGAAUGUGACUAAGGUAAAAAAAAAGAAAUGUUUGCAGUUGAGAAAUUACUAACUUACACUUUAUUUAUACGCAUAAAUAAAUCUUCACAAUUAUUCUAUCAUUUAGUUUCAAAAAAUGUUUUCAGACUCCACAAAAUUUUCAGCUUUUUGAUCAGUGGAUUGUGUUUACUAGAUGGUUGAAACUUUGUUGACAUCCUUAAUCUUGAACCAGUUGUUGACAUUAACAAAUGUUGUGGAGUGAACUAAAUAAUACAUUUCUGACAUUCCUAAUAAGGUAUUAAAAUAUAUAGAAGUAAAUUUAGAUCAAAGGAAAGUAAAUUAAACCAUUAAAUUGAAAUCCUAAAUCUAAAUUUUUCUGAUGCUAAUAUUGUUGUGCAGUUAUAUAAUUAUGUUAAAAGCUCUAAUAUUUUCAACCCUUCAUAAAUCACAUAAGAUUUCCUUGAUAUUACCAAUUUUUCAUGAUGUGUUAUGUGAUGAUUAUAUAUUUUAUCUAUAGUUACUAUUUUGGUGGUCUAGUGGUGCACUAAGAUUGUAGAGAUGGCUGUCAAUGAAGGGCUAGGCCAGCUAGGACAUUACUAGGUAAUUCCUGCUGAUAAAAGAGAAAAAUAACUUAUCAGGAGAGGUAGCAGUUAUUCAGUUAUAUCAGCGGUUCUCAACCUGUGGGUCGCGACCUCUUUGGGGAUCGCACGACCCUUUCCUAGGGGUCGCCUAAGACCAUCUGAAAACACAUGUGCUCCACAGUUAUGAAGUAGCAACGAAAAUAAUUUUGUGGCUGGGGGGAUGCCAAAACAUGAGGAAAUGUAUCAAAGGGUCGCGGCAUUAGGAAUGUUGAGAACCACUGAGUUAUAUGAAUAAUUUAAUUUUGAACGUAUAUCUAACCAUUUUGACCUUAGAAAUAGUCAUUUGCAUUGUAGACUGAAUCGUAUUGGGUGUUUCAACUCCACAAAAGUAAUUUUAUUUUAGAUUUAAACAUAAAAGCACCUUUUUCAAUAGCUUAAAAGUUGUUUAUUUUACCAAUACGCACUUUUAAAAAUGUUCUUUCUGAUCCUAGUGUAAAUAAUUUCAAACUAGACUAUGCACAUGUAUUUAUGUAAGUAUGUAUUUAUGUAUAUUUGCUAAAUUGUUAAUUACCAAUUUGUACUAUGUUCCUUGCAUAAUAAGCACAAAAUAAAAGUUGUAUGCCUGAUUGAAAAAGUUAAUGUCACUUUGGCUUUGCUCAUGUUUGCCUUAAUAUUAAAUAAAGGCAUUUAAUCUUACCAAAAGGACCAAUCUUAACGGUUAGCCACUGAUCCUAAAAAAACACUAGCCUGGCAGAUUAGGGUGACUUCCUGAAACCCCAGAGGUUAGAAUGUAAAUAUAUACAUCCAAGUGAGGAUGGUGUGAUUUUUCUGAAAGUGUCUCUAGCAAAACGAUGAAGUCUGGAAUAGAUGCUUUUAUUAAGAAUCAACUGUUUCCCAAUUAUCAGGUCCCUCCACGCAGCUGGUGAACGCAAAUGGUUGAUAUCUGUAAAUAUAUAUGUCAAUCACAGAUCCUCCCACACAGGUUUCCUUUUCCAAGAUAUUGUGAGGCUUUUGAGAGUAAAGUGAGAUAUGUUUACAUAUGGCUCCUCAAAUAUAAUGUAUUGUGCCAUUAAAGCAUUGUUUAUUAGGGCCAAACAUAAUUUGAAAAUUAUUAGCAAAUAUCUUUGAAUUGAUAAGUUUGAUUAUUUUGUAUUUUUAAGUGUUCAAUAUUUAAAUGUUUUAUUAAUUUGCUUAAACCUAAACUUGCUUAAAUAUUUGGGAUUUAAACAGGGUUUUAAUUUAACAGGUUAAAAAUUUGAAAGAUACAAUUUAAUUUAUGAGCAGAAAAGUUUAUUAUUGAUUAAGUUCUUUGCUUGGUUUCCAAUUGUUGCUGCUAUAUAAAAAUUUGGUAUGUAUUUAAAUUUUACUUUAAUAAAUGUUUCUUGUGUAAUACUUUACAUUUAAUUUUUCAAAAUCCUUAUGAAAUAUAUUUUCAUUACAUUUUAAUAAUACCGGUACUAAUAACAUCAAGUGGGUUAAUAAUUAUAAUUGUUACA